CCUCAGGCACCCACCGCACAGACCACCCUCCCCUCCCAAUCCGGAAAUCCCCAACCUCAGGCACCACACUUAUCGGCACCCCUCCACCGAACAAUAAUCAAUCAUUCAUCACAAGCCAGAGCGAGCCCCUCAAGCAACAUCAACAUCAACAUCCACCACCACCACAACCCCGCCAAGAUGAUGCAAACUCGCAUGCUCUCUAAAGAAGACGAAGCCCUCACGGGCAGCGAAGACAACGAAGUCCGUCGCGAGGAUCAGGAAAAGAUUAAUCGCUUUAGUCGCCUGCAUCAGCGUGAGACGAUGCUGGAGGAGCAGUUGAAGUUGAAGAUGAAAGAUAAAGAAGAUCUGGAGGAAAUUUCCACGGAGCUGGAAUUGGCGGAUGAGGAUGAGUUGGUUCCGUACAAAAUCGGGGAUGCGUUUUUCCAGCUCCCCCUGGAAGAAGCCCAGUCGCUGCUGUCAACAGCGACGGAGCAGGUCGAUGCUGAGGUGGGGACGUUGGAGGAGAAGUUGGGGGAUUUGCGCGAUGAAUUGCAGCAGUUGAAGGUCGCGUUGUAUGCUCGGUUUGGUCGGAGCAUUAACUUGGAGACCUAAGUCUUUGAGUUCAUCUAUCUAAUGGUAUAUACUACUGUAUCCGUGGUGUGGGAAGCGGUAGUUCUAGCUUGCGGCUAUACAUGCGUGUACUGUAUACAAGAUUCCAACAUUAUCUACGUGACUG